UUCAGGAAGUGUGAGGCCAAGAUGAGGUAAAAAGAAGCUUGGUGAAAAGUUUUUCUUUUCUACAACUUUCUGCCCGCACAGCCGCGUUCAAUGUAACCUCUUUUCAACAACUUCCUUUUGACAACUUUCUACCCGCGUUCAAUGUGGUGUGGCGUCAUGCCUGGAAGAUGGCGGUCAUGGAGGCGUUCCAACCAUAAGUCCCCUCCAGAGCUUCUUGAGGCCCCUCAGGGUCCCGGCAUCCAUGUUUACCUCUUCUGGAGCCCAGAUGGAGAGCGUUAUUUGUCCCAUGUGACAUCAGACAAGGUCAACGCAGAGCAGCUCUGUGUUUUGUCUGCGGAGGCUGUGGGUGUAACUCCCGUCUUCCACGUGCUGUUUGCGCUGUACGAGCCUCUGUCCCGCUGCUGGUACAGUCCCAACCACGUCUUCAAGCCAGAGGACCCCUCCCGUCUGGUGCUGCACUACAGGAUGAGGUUUUACUUUCGUAACUGGCACGGACUAAACGACAGCGAGCCGCUUGUGACUCGUUUUGCUGUCGGCGGUGGCGGUGACGCACCUCUGCUUGAAAUCACAUCAGUGGAGUAUUUAUUUGCCCAGGCCAAAUAUGACUUUGUCAAUGAAAUGAUGGAAAUGAAAAAGGUGGACAGGGAGGAGGAGCGAAGUCGCUUCCACAACGAGUGCCUGGGCAUGGCCGUGCUGCACCUCAUGCACCUGGCGCUGCAGACUGGCCGCACCUUGCGCAGCGUGGCUAAAAAGACCAGCUUUGAAACCUGCAUCCCAAAAUCUUUCGCCAAGCACAUCUCUGAAGACAGGAUCCUGACAAAAAUUCGAAUCCGGCGAAUGUUUGGGAGGUUUGUCGUGGCCUACCAGCGCAACAUGGACGGCAGGCAGCUGGACGCCAAGGAGAUCAUGUGCAAAUACCUCUGCACCCUGGAGUACUUGGCGCCUGGUUUCGGCAGCGAGACCUUCUCGGCCAGCCUCCGGAGGCUGCGACAGGACGAGGACGCGGACGAAGAUAACCACGUAGCGGCGUGUGAAAUAAUGGUCUCUGCCACCAGGGGGAUCCAGUGGAGGACACACCAGCAGACGAUGAGUGAUAAGUGGAUCCACUUCUGUGAUUUCCCGGACAUUAUUCACCUCGCCAUCACUCAGGCUGACGUCUGCAUCAGCACCCAGGACAACAAGUACAUGGAGGUUGAGAUGAGCUCCAGCCCGGAGGCCCGCUCCUUCAUCUCGCUGCUAGAUGGGUACUACCGGCUGACUGCGGACGCCCACCACUAUCUCUGUCAUGACGUGGCGCCCCCCAGGGUGCUGCUGAGUGAAGCUAAUGGCCUGCACGGACCCAUGCAGGAUGACUUUGUGCGACUCAAGUUGAGAAAGGAGGCGCCAGGCGAAGGAGCUUGUCUUGUGCGCUGGAGUCUUCUCUUCUAUGACAGAAUUAUCCUGGCUGUGCUCGACAAGAACCAGCUCCAAUAUGAACCACAGAAUAGAUGCACGCCAAGCCACAAGCAGUUCUGUAUCCAGCACAAGGCUUCCAGUUUCUCCCUGGAUGGCUGGGACCAGGAGUUCUCCAGUGUGAAGGAGCUCAUAGACACCCUCAAGAACUUCAUACUCAAAUGCGGCAUGGAGAGCUACGGCGUGAAAAAAUGCUGCCUGCCCUGCCAAGGAGAGUUGUCCAACCUCCUGGUGAAAAGACACAAUGUGGACCACAGUCCAGAUGUGCGCUCUCUGGCCCCAAAGACGUUAGAGCUGUGCAUCCAGAUCAAGUACAAAGAUAUCAUUCAGGGACCUCAUAUGGGUUAUGGGACCAGAACCAAGAUCUACUCGGGACAGCUGCAAGUCGGGGGAGGAGUAGAAGAAGAUGUAGAGGACGAGGUGAGCGGGGAUGGACGGCAAGCUGUGCGAGUGGUGCUGAAGGUUCUGGAACAAAGCCAUGAAGAAAUCAGAUUUGCUUUCUUUGAAACGGCCAGCUUCUUGAGCCAAAUGUCUCACCGUCACCUGGUCCUAAUGUACGGCUUGUCUGUCAAUGGAUCUGAAAACAUCAUGGUGGAGGAGUUUGUGGAAUUUGGGCCCUUGGAUGUUUUCCUUCGCAGACAGAAAGGCAAAGUGACUCCUCGCUGGAAAUGUAUUGCUGCCAAACAGCUGGCCAGCGCCCUGAAUUAUCUGGCGGCUCAGGGUCGGGUUCAUGGAAACGUUUGUGCCAGGAACAUCCUUGUGGCAAGACCGGGUCUGGAGCAAGGUGCAUCCCCUCUUGUCAAGCUGAGUGACCCAGGAAUUGCCCUCCAUUUGCUUUCCAGAGAAGAGCGACUUGAGCGUAUUCCCUGGAUGGCUCCCGAGUGCGUCGGGGGGGACACGCCCGUGGGCCCCGGGGCCGACCAGUGGGGCUUCGGGAUGACCCUGAUGGAGAUCUUUAACGACGGCGAUCUUCCCUUCAGCGGUGACACGUCGCGUGAGGAGGAGUUCUACCAGCAGCCAGGAUGGUCCUUACCCUCCUCCCCCCUGCUGGCGGGCUUCAUCAGCAGAUGUCUGACCCAGCAGCCCUCAGACAGACCUUCCUUCUGCUCCCUGCUCCGAGACCUCAUCGACAUCAUGAACACAAGUGUGCCCUUAAGUCGCUCUUUAAAUGAUUAUCACCUUUUUGGGUGCAUUUAAUCAUUUCCACUCCUCUGCACAGAUCCUGAUACAACCCACAGUGGAACCCCCUCUAAGGCCCAAGACACCUUCUUCCAAAAACGUUUCCUGAAAUUCAAAGGGGAGUUAGGAAAGGGUAAUUUUGGAAAGGUGAGCCUGUACAUGUACGACCCAGCCAACGACGGGGAAGGAGAGCUGCUGGCCGUCAAGGCUUUAAAGCAGGAGAACGCUCACCUGUCCAAGGGUUGGCUGAAGGAGAUCAACAUCCUGAAGUCGCUUGAUCACCAAAACAUUGUCAAGUACAAAGGACGGACAGAAAUAGGAGGACGAGUGGUGCACCUAAUAAUGGAGUACCUGACUCUGGGUAGUCUGGAUAAGUUCCUUCAAAAGGGUGAACACAGCACAUCUCAGUGUGUGCUCUUUGCUAAGCAGAUCUGCCAGGGGAUGGAGUACUUGCACUUGCAGCGAUACAUCCAUCGGGACCUCGCCGCCCGCAAUAUUCUAGUCAAGUGCAACAGUUUGGUAAAGAUCGGAGACUUCGGCCUCUCCAAGUACAUCUCUGAGGACGACACUUACUACUGCGUGCGCGAGGAUGGUGACAGUCCUGUGUUCUGGUAUGCGCUGGAGUGCCUGAGAGAGAGCAGAUUCUCCUUCGCCUCCGACGUUUGGUCUUUUGGUGUGACGCUCUAUGAGAUUCUAACCCGCUGUGACCCCAGCCAGAGCCCCCCGGUGACAUUCCGUAAGAUAUCAGGGCUGGCCCCUGAGCAGAUGACGCCGAUGGUGCUCAUAGGUCUGUUAGAGCGACGGCGGCGCUUGCCUUGUCCCAAACUUUGCCUGCCUGAGCUGCAGAUGCUCAUGGCUCAGUGUUGGCAUGAAGAAGCUGCACGACGGCCAUCCUUCACGCUCCUCUUUGAGCAGCUGGAGGGUGUGCGCCUACAGCCAAAUGUCUGCUUCUCUCUGGAUCCCAUCAGCGCUGCAGAUCCACUUGUCUGAAGAAGACCAAGGAAGGUUCUGCAAGGCUGGUAAAGUGACUUUGUGCCUAACCCAAUGUCAAUCUCCAGUGGAACAUCUGGGUGUGGCCUUUGCAUGUUCUCCCGUGCUGGCAUGGUCACAUGCAUGUUUAGGUAGUGUCAAUGCUUCUUCUUCUCCGGGGUAACAAUUACCCUGCCUAUCAGCUGGAAUACACCCCAGUCCACCUAGACCCUGGUCAGGACUCGCACUAUACACCAGGGCUAUUCAACUACAUCGUCCAAGUCACGUGGUGACAUUGCUGCCUUUAGGAGCAGAGGAGCAUGUUGGGCAGCGCACACACACAGAGUACUUACAAGCAGACACAGUGUGUAGACAGAAAAGCAGAGGAGCAUGUUGGGCAGCGCACACACACAGAGUACUUACAAGCAGACACAGUGUGUAGACAG